UGGCUCUCAGAGUCUAGGGAGACUCCUCGACAGCCAUGGCUGAGGGUGGAGAAGGGGAAGAUGAAAUUCAGUUCUUAAGAACUGAAGAUGAAGUGGUUGUACAGUGCGUCGCCGCAAUCCAGAAAGAAAACCGCAAGUUUUGCCUGGCAGCGGAGGGACUCGGAAACCGAAUCUGUUUCUUGGAACCGACCUCUGAGGCUAAGUAUGUCCCUCCAGACCUGUGCAUCUGCAGCUUUGUGCUGGAGCAGUCGCUGUCAGUACGGGCCCUGCAGGAGAUGCUGGCCAAGUGUGGCCCCAAUGGCGAAGGGGCAGUGCAAGGAGGUGGACAUCGGACCCUUCUGUACGGCCACGCCAUCCUACUGAAGCACUCCUUCAGCGGAAUGUAUCUUACGUGUCUGAAGACAUCAAAGUCCCAGACAGACAAGCUAUCUUUUGACGUGGGUCUGCAGGAGGGUUCAGUGGGAGAGGCCUGCUGGUGGACGAUCCAUCCCGCGUCUAAGCAGAGGUCAGAAGGCGAGAAGGUCCGCAUCGGUGAUGAUCUGAUUCUGGUCAGCGUGUCUUCAGAGAGAUACCUGCACCUGUCCAUGGCUAAUGGCAACAUUGCGGUGGAUGCCUCCUUCAUGCAGACCCUCUGGAACGUUCAGCCAACCUGCUCUGGCAGCAACAUAGCCGUAGGUUUUGUUCAGGGUGGUCAUGUGAUGCGCCUGUUUCACGGACACGACGAGAGCCUCACCAUACCAGGGGCAGACAAGAAAGAGGACCAGCAGAGGAUAGUGAAUUAUGAAGCAGGUAAAGGGGGUUCCAGGGCCAGGUCUCUGUGGAGAUUGGAGCCUCUUCGGAUCAGUUGGAGUGGGGGUAAUUUGAGAUGGGGGCAGCCUUUCCGCCUCCGCCAUCUUUCCACCGGCCACUACCUGGGCCAGACGGAGGACCGCGGCCUGGUCCUGCUGGACCGCGAGAACUCCAACACCGCGGCCACGUCAUUCUGCUUCAGGGCCUCCAAGGAAAAAGUGGAAUCUGGCCCGAAGCGAGAUAUCGAAGGCAUGGGAGUGGCGGAGAUUAAGUACGGAGACUCGGUCUGCUUCGUCAUGCAUGUGGCCACCGGACUUUGGCUGUCCUAUCAAGCGCCGGACGCCAAAUCCUCUCGCCUCGGCCCUCUCAAGAGAAGGGCCUUUCUGUACCCAGAGGGCCACAUGGACGAUGGGCUGAUCCUGCAGCUCUGCCAGCACGAGGAGUCCAGGGCCGCCCGCAUCAUCCGCAACACCACCGUCCUGUUCAGUCAGUUCAUCAAGGCUCUGGACAGUCUGCAGGAGGAGAAGAGCAAUGAGGUGAGCCUGCCCGUGGGUGAAGUGCGGGAGUCUCUGAACGACCUCAUCGUCUACUUCCAGCAGCCCGACUCGGAGCUGGAGCACGAGGAGAAGCAGCGGCAGCUGCGCUCCCUCAUCAAGCGCCAGGACCUCUUCAAGGAGGAGGGAAUGCUGACACUUCUGGUCAAAUGCAUCAACUGUCUGAAUGUCUACAACAGCGCUGCCCACUUUGAGGAGUUUGCCGGAGUAGAGGCUGGAGAAGCCUGGAAGAGCAUUCUAAACUUGCUUUACGAGCUCCUGGCCGCCCUCAUCCGUGGCAACAGGGCCAACUGUACACAGUUCUCCCGCAACCUGGACUGGCUGGUCAGCAAACUGGAGAGGCUCGAGUCCUCAUCAGGAAUUCUAGAGGUUCUCCACUGCAUUCUGGUGGAGAGUCCCGAGGCCCUGAACAUCAUCCAGAAAGCACACAUUAAAUCCAUCAUCUCUCUGCUGUACAAGCAUGGACGCAACCACAAGAUUCUGGAUGUCCUCUGCUCGCUCUGCGUUUGCAAUGGUGUGGCCGUCCGAGCCAAUCAAAACUUCAUCUGUGACCACCUGCUCCCUCGGAGAGAUCUGCUCCUGCAGACACGACUGGUUAAUGAUGUUCAAAGCAUGCGACCCAACAUCUUCCUGGGCAUUAACGAGGGAUCUGCCCAGUAUAAAAAGUGGUACUUUGAGCUGAUGAUCGACCAGGUGGACCACUUUGUGACCAGCGAGCCCACCCACCUUCGUGUCGGCUGGGCCACCACUAAAGGCUACGCCCCGUACCCCGGGGGUGGAGAAGGAUGGGGGGGCAACGGCGUGGGUGACGACCUUUACUCCUACAGCUUCGACGGGCUUCACCUCUGGUCAGGUCGUAUUCCCAGGGCGGUGGCGUCCAUCAACCAGCACCUGCUGAGUGGCGAUGACGUGGUGAGCUGCUGCCUGGACCUGGGCGCUCCGAGCAUGUCCUUCCGCAUCAACGGCCAGCCGGUGCAGGGCAUGUUCGAGGACUUCAACAUAGACGGCUUCUUCUACCCAGUCGUCAGCUUCUCGGCAGGGGUCAAGGUACGCUUCCUGUUGGGUGGCCGCCACGGUGACUUCAAGUUCCUGCCGCCUGCCGGCUACACGCCGUGCUACGAAGCCCUGCUCCCCAAAGAGAAGAUGCGCAUUGAACCGGUGAAGGAGUACAAGCGUGACCACGAGGGCGUCCGAGACAUACUGGGCACCACAAAGCUCCUGUCCCAAGCCUCCUUCAUACCCAUCCCUGUGGACACCAGCCAGAUUGUUUUGCCCCCUCACCUAGAGCAUGUGAGGGACAAGCUCGCUGAGAACAUCCAUGAACUCUGGGGCAUGAAUAAGAUCGAACUCGGCUGGACUUAUGGCAAGGUGCGAGAUGACAACAAGAGACAGCACCCCUGUCUCAUUGACUUCUCCAAAUUGCCCGAGACCGAAAUGAAUUAUAACCUGCAGAUGUCAUCCGAGACAUUAAAGACCUUACUGGCUUUGGGGUGCAUGGUUUCCCAUGUCAACCUCAAUGCAGAGGAGGAUCUGAAGAAAAUCAAACUUCCUAAGAAUUACGUGAUGUCUAACGGUUAUAAACCCACGCCACUGGACCUUUCUGACGUGAAGCUGAAUCCUGGUCAGGAAGUUCUGGUAGAUAAAUUGGCCGAGAACGCUCACAACGUUUGGGCCAAAGAUAGAAUCAAACAAGGGUGGACCUAUGGCAUACAGCAGGAUCUGAAGAGCAGACGCAAUCCUCGCCUGGUGCCAUAUGCUUUACUAGAUGAGCGCACUAAAAGAUCCAACCGCGACAGUCUCCGCGAGGCUAUCCGAACACUGGUCGGAUACGGGUACAACAUUGACCCUCCAGACCAAGAGCCUGCCCACGCAUUAGAGAAGAAGAGCAUCGAAACUAUCCGCUUCUUCCGCGUGGAGCAGACUUAUGCGGUCACCACUGGGAAGUGGUACUUUGAGUUUGAAGCUUUGACAGGCGGAGACAUGCAGGUGGGCUGGGCUAGGCCCGCCUCCAGGCCUGACAUAGAGCUGGGAAUGGACGACCUCUCAUAUGUAUUUGAUGGUUUCCGGGGCCGACGCGUACAUAAAGGAGGUCAUUUCUUUGGCCGCACCUGGAGCAAGGGUGACGUGGUUGGGUGUAUGAUCAAUAUGGAGGACAAGUCCAUGCUCUUUACUCUGAAUGGAGAAAUUCUCAUCACCAGUAGUGGCUCUGAGCUGUGCUUCGCUGACUUUGAGACUGAGGACGGCUUCAUCCCAGUGUGUAGCCUGGGACUCUCCCAGAUCGGGCGCAUGAACUUGGGCAAGGACGCCAGCACCUUUAAGUACUACACCAUGUACGGCCUCCAGGAGGGAUUCGAACCCUUCGCCGUCAACAUGAACCGCGAGGUCACCAUGUGGUUUAGCAAACGCCUGCCCACAUUCGUCAACGUGCCAGCGGAUCACCCACACAUUGAGGUGACCAGGAUCGAUGGUACUGUGGACACACCCCCGUGCCUAAAGGUGUCCCAUAAGACCUAUGGCACACAGGCAAGCAACAACGACAUGAUGUACUGUCGCCUGAGCAUGCCCGUCGAGUUCUACCCCGGGCCAAGAAAGAACAUUGAGGGUGUAGAGGUAACGGAAGUGCCCAAGAAAGACAGUGGCAAGAUUGAUCAUGGGAGCAUCACAAAGUACUAUUACUCCGUAAGAGUGUUUGCUGGUCAGGAUCCCACUUCUGUGUGGGUGGGCUGGGUUACUCCCGACUACCACUACUACAGCAAGAAUUUCAGCCUUAGCAAGAUCCGCACCGUCACCGUAACCCUAGGAGACGAACGAGGCCGUGUCCACGAGAGCCUGAGGAGGAGCAACUGCUAUAUGGUGUGUGGAGGGGACAUAGGGCUCGGCUCGUCCUCCUCCCGCUCCAACGUUGACAUUGAGAUCGGCUGCUUCAUAGACCUGGCCUCCGGUAUCGUCUCGUUCACUGCCAAUGGCAAGGAGUUGCCCACCACUUACCAGGUGGAGCCCAACACCAAGCUGUUUCCUGCGGCAUUCAUUCUGCCAACAAGCCCUAAUUUGCUCCAGUUUGAGUUUGCAAAGAUCCAGGAUGCCAUGCCCCUGUCGUCGGCCAUCUUCAAGAGCCUGCACAGGAACCCGGUGCCCCAGUGCCCGCCGCGGCUGGACGUGCAGACCAUCGUGUCCGUGCUGUGGAGCCGCAUGCCCAACACCUUCCUGUCGGUGGAGACGGCGCGGGUCAGCGAGCGCCACGGCUGGGUGGUGCAGUGCCUGGACCCGCUGCAGAUGCUGGCCGUGCACAUCCCCGAGGAGAACAGGUGUCUUGACAUCAUGGAGCUGUCGGAGAACGAGGCUCUACGCCAGUUCCACUACCACACGCUGAAGCUCUACUGCGCCCUCUGCGCUCUGGGCAACACGCGCGUGGCCCACGCCCUCUGCAGCCACCUGGACCAAUCGCAGCUCCUCUACACCAUCGACAACCAAUACCUGACGGGCCAGCUGCGCGCCGGCUUCUACGACGUGCUCAUCAGCAUCCACCUGGACCGGGCCAAGGAGGCGCGCCUGAUGAUGAAGGACGAGUACAUCAUCCCCGUCACCUCGGAGACGCGCGGCAUCCGGCUCUUCCGCGACGCGUCCAAGAGCCACACGCUGCCCGGCGUGGGCCUGAGCACCACGCUGACGCCGGGGCUGACCUUCUCGCCGCCGUGCUUCAUCGGCACCAAGCGCGACCAGCACAUGCACAGCCCGCAGAUGCCGCUGGCCAAGCUCAAGGCCAAGGCCAUCUCCAUGCUGACGGAGGCCGUGCACGGCGGCGGCGUGCACAUCCGCGACCCGGUGGGCGGCAGCGUGGAGUACCAGUUCGUGCCCAUCCUCAAGCUCAUCAGCACGCUGCUCAUCAUGGGCGCGCUCACCAGCGAGGAGGUGCGCCUCGUGCUGCUCCUCAUCGAGCCCAACGUCUUCCAGGAGCCCGAGGAGGCGUCCGGCGGAGGCGCUGGUGGUGGAGGCGCGCUGGCGGUGGAGGCCGCGCCGGGGAAGGAGGUGGUGACCAGCGCGGAGGGGAAGGCUGUGGAGGCCGGCGAGGAGGAGGCCAAAGAGGCCAAGCCGCCCACCAGGGGCCUCCUGGAGAAGCAUCUGCCGGAGUCGGUCAAACUGCAGAUGUGUGUGCUGCUGCACUACUUCUGUGACUGUGAGCUGAAGCAGCGCAUUGAGGCUAUCGUGGCCUUCGCCGACGCCUACGUGUCCAAGCUGCAGUACAACCAGAAGUUCAGGUACAACGAGCUGAUGCAGGCUCUCAACAUGUCCGCUGCCGUCACCGCCAAGAAGACCAAGGAGUUCCGUUCCCCCCCGCAGGAACAGAUUAAUAUGCUGCUCAACUUCGCCCUGGGGGAGGAUUGCCCCUGCCCUGAGGAAAUUCAAGAUGAGCUGCACAUUUUCCACGAUGAUUUGAGAAUACACUGUGGAAUCCCAAUUGAAGAUGAGGAGGAGGAGCCGGACACCUCCAUCAAGGGCCGCCUGAUGUCCCUCGUCUACAAAAUCAAAGGCCGGCCGCACAAAACCGAGGCGGAACCAACAGAGGAGGAACAAGCUGCUCCCACCAACCUGAAGGAGCUGAUCUCCCAGACCAUGGUGACGUGGGCGCAGGAGUGCCUGGUGCAGGACCCGCAGCUGGUGCGCACCAUGUUCAGCCUGCUGCGGCGGCAGUACGACGGCAUCGGCGAGCUGCUGCGCUCCAUGAAGAAGAGCUACACCAUCAGCGCCGCCUCGGUGCAGGACGCCAUCCACCUGCUGGCUUCGCUCGGCCAGAUCCGCUCGCUGCUCAGCGUGCGCAUGGGCAUCGAGGAGGAGAGGCUCAUGAUCGACGGGCUCAGUGACAUCAUGAACAACAAAGUCUUCUACCAACAUCCCAACCUGAUGAGAGUGCUGGGGAUGCAUGAGACAGUCAUGCAAGUCAUGGUCAACGUCCUGGGAGGAGACGACAAGUCUCAGAUCGCCUUCCCCGCCAUGGUGGCCAGCUGCUGCCGCUUCCUGUGCUACUUCUGUCGCAUCAGCCGGCAGAACCAGAAGGCCAUGUUCGACCACCUGAGCUACCUGCUGGAGAACAGCUGCGUGGGCCUGGCCUCCCCCGCCAUGCGAGGUUCCACGCCCCUGGACGUGGCUGCCUCCUCUGUGAUGGAUAAUAACGGCCUGGCCCUGGCGCUGGAGGAGCCUGACCUGGAGAAGGUGGUCACAUACCUGGCUGGCUGUGGGCUUCAGAGCUGUGCCAUGCUGGUGAACAGGGGUUACCCUGACAUUGGAUGGAACCCCAUGGAAGGCGAGCGAUACCUCUCCUUCUUGCGCUUCGCCGUCUUCGUCAAUGGCGAGAGCGUGGAGGAGAACGCCAAUGUGGUGGUGAAGCUCCUUAUUCGACGGCCUGAGUGUUUCGGCCCAGCCUUGAGAGGCGAGGGUGGUCAAGGCCUGCUGGCCGCCAUGCAGGAGGCCAUCACCAUCUCCGAGGACCCGGCUCUGGACCUCCCCACUGUGCCUGAGGGAGGACUACCAGAGGCCGUUGAGGGUGAGGAGGAGGAGGAGGUGACACACAUUGGCAACGCCAUCAUGUCCUUCUACUCUGCCCUCAUCGACCUGCUGGGACGCUGUGCCCCUGAGAUGCAUCUCAUCAGCAAGGGCAAAGGGGAAGCGCUGCGUAUCCGCGCCAUCCUUCAGUCUCUGGUGCCAACCAUGGACCUCGUUGGCAUCAUUAGCAUCCCACUCAAGAUGCCCGUCGUCAAUAAAGACGGUUCGGUGACGGAGCCGGACAUGUCGGCCAGCUUCUGCCCCGAGCACAAGGCGCCGAUGGUGCUGUUCCUGGACCGUGUGUACGGGAUCAGAGACCAGGCCUUCCUGCUCCAGCUGCUGGAGGUGGGCUUCCUGCCGGACCUGCGGGCCUCGGCCUCUCUGGACACGGAGGUGCUGAGCACCACGGAGACGGCGCUGGCGAUGAACAGGUACAUCGGCUCGGCGGUGCUGCCCCUGCUGACCCGCUGCGCCCACCUGUUCUCCAGCACGGAGCACUACGCCGCGCUCAUCGACUCCACGCUGCACACCAUCUACCGCCUGUCCAAGGGCCGCUCGCUCACCAAGGCCCAGAGGGACGCCAUCGAGGAGUGCCUCCUGGCCAUCUGCUCACACCUGCGUCCGUCUAUGCUGCAGCAGCUGCUGAGGCGUCUAGUGUUUGAUGUGCCCCUGCUCACCGAGUACUGCAAGAUGCCCAUCAGGCUCCUGACCAACCACUAUGAGCAGAACUGGAAGUACUACUGCCUGCCCACCGGCCUGGGCAGCUACGGCAUCGCCUCCGAGGAGGAGCUGCUACUCACCAAGAAGCUCUUCUGGGGACUUUUUGACGCCGUCUCCCAGAAAAAAUAUGAGCCAGACCUCUUCAAGCUGGCCAUGCUGUGCCUGUCUGCCAUCUCCGGGGCGCUGCCGCCCGAUUUCGUCGACGCCAGCCCCGCCUCCACCUUAGAGAAGCAGACCUCCGUGGACGCCCAGGGCAACUUCGACCCCAAACCCAUCAGCACUGCCAACAUUUCCCUCCCUGAAAAGCUGGAGUACAUCGCCAACAAGUAUGGCGAGCACUCCCACGAGAAAUGGUCUUCGGAGAAGUUGGCACAAGGCUGGAAUCGUGGAGAGAAAGUGGACAACGAGGCCAAAACUCAUCCAUUACUUCAGCCGUAUAAAUCACUGAGCGAAAAGGAAAGGGAGACUUAUCGCUACCCAGUGAAAGAGUCCCUGAAAAGCAUGUUAGCUAUGGGCUGGACUGUUGAGCGGACCAAAGAAGGCGAGGCCAUAUUCCAGCAACGAGAGAGCGAGAAACAGCGCAAGAUCUCCGAGAGUGGAGCCUUCACUCCCACACCACUCGAUCUGGACAACGUGGUUUUGUCCAGAGAGUUGCAGGGCAUGGUGGAGAUCGUGGCCGAAAACUACCACAACAUCUGGGCCAAGAAGAAGAAGGCUGAGCUCGCGAGCAAAGGAGGGGGCUCUCACCCGCUGCUGGUGCCCUAUGACACGCUGACGGCCAAGGAGAAGUACCGCGACCGCGAGAAGGCCCAGGAGCUCUUCAAAUUCCUGCAGGUCAACGGCUACGCCGUAAUCAGACAACACCAGAGUAUGGAGCAGGAAUCCGCUAGCAUGGAGAAGAGGUUGGCCUCCAAGUUCCUCAAGAGGCUGCUGAACUACGUAGACUCUGCCCAGGAGUUCAUCGCCCACCUGGAGGCCAUGGCUACCAGUGGCAAAACCGACAAAUCCCCUCACGAGCAAGAGAUUAAGUUCUUUGCCAAGGUUCUGCUGCCCCUAAUUGACCAGUACUUCAAGAACCACUCACUCUACUUUCUGUCCACUCCCAGCAAGAACCUCAGUAGCAGUGGCUACGCCACCAACAAAGAGAAGGAGAGGAUUGCUAGUCUGUUCUGUAAGCUGGCAGCUCUUGUCAGACAUAGGAUUUCUCUCUUUGGUGCGGAUUCACCCACGAUGGUGAGCUGCCUACACAUCUUGGCCCAUUCUCUGGACUUCAGAACGGUGAUGAAGUCGGGCUCGGAGCUGGUGAAGGCCGGGGUGCGGGGGUUCUUCGAUAACGCGGCGGAGGACCUGGAGAAGACCAUGGAGAACCUGAAGCUGGGCAAGCAGACGCAGCGCACCCAGAUGAAGGGCGUGUCCCAGAUCAUCAACUACACCAUCACGGCCCUGCUGCCCGUGCUCACCGCGCUCUUCCAGCACGUGUCCCACCACCAUUUUGGAGGAGAUCUGUUAUUGGAUGACGUGCAGCUAUCCAGUUACCGGAUCCUGACCAGCCUGUACUCUCUGGGCACGGGGAAGAACUCAUACGUUGAGAAGCAGCUGCCAACCCUGGGCGAGUGUUUGUCCACUCUGGUGAGCGCCAUGCCCGUGGCCUUCCUGGAGACACACCUGGAUGCGCACAACCCCCUGUCCGUGUUCAACACCAAGACGCCACGCGAGAGAGCCAUCCUGAGCAUGCCCGAUAGCGUGACGGAGAUGUGCCCCGAGAUGCCGGAGCUGGACGGCCUGCUGAAGGACAUCAGCGACCUGUCCGAGUCGGGCGCCCGCUACUCCGACAUGCCGCAGGUGAUCGAGGUGGUCCUGCCCAUGCUGUGCACCUACCUGUCCACCUGGUGGGACAAGGGCCCGGACAACAACAGCGGCAGCAGCGGAUGCUGCACCAGCGUCUCGUCCGAGCACCUCAGCACCAUGCUGGGCAACAUCCUCCGCAUCCUCAACAACAACCUGGGCAUCGACGAGGCGCCCUGGAUGAAGAGGCUGGCAGUUUUCACCCAGCCGGUCAUCUGCAAGGCCGGGUCGGACCUCCUGAAGAGUCACUUCCUGCCCACCCUGGAGAAGAUGAGGAAGAAGACGGUGAAGGUGGUCUCGGAGGAGGAGGCGCUGAAGGCCGACACCAAGGGCGACACGCAGGAGAUGGAGCUGCAGAUCCUGGACGAGUUUGCCGUCCUCUGCAGGGACCUGUACGCCUUCUACCCCAUGCUCAUCCGCUACGUGGACAACUUCAGGUCCAAAUGGCUUAAGGAGCCUGACGAUGACUCCACUACGCUCUUUAACAUGGUCGCUGAGAUCUUUAUCCUCUGGUGCAAAUCCCAUAAUUUCAAGAGGGAGGAGCAGAACUUUGUGGUUCAGAAUGAGAUCAACAACCUGGCCUUCCUGACUGUGGACUCCAAGACCAAGAUGGCCAAGUCGGGAGGCGAGGACCAGGAGCGUAAGGGCCGGCGGCGGAAGCGGGAGCUGUACUCGGUGCAGACCUCCCUCAUCGUGGCCGCCCUCAAGAAGCUGCUGCCCAUCGGCCUCAACAUGUGCACGCCGGGCGAGCAGGAGCUCAUCACGCUGGCCAAGAUCCGCUACGGCCUGAAAGACACAGAUGACGAGGUCAAAGACCAUCUUCGCCAGAACCUUCACCUUCAAGAGAAGUCGGAUGACCCGGCGGUGCAGUGGCAGGUGAACCUGUACAAGGACGUGGUGGUGAAGAGCGAGGGGCCUCCGGACCCCGAGCACAUCGUCGUGAGGGUGCAGGGACUCUCCGCCGCCCUCUUCCAUCUGGACGCGGUGGAGCUGCCCCUAAGGAAUAAGAAGAACUUGACACAGAAGCUGCUGUCCAAACAACGCAAGCGUGCCGUGGUGGCCUGCUUCCGCAUGGCCCCCCUUUACAACUUGCCCAGGCAUCGCUGUAUUAACCACUUCUUCCUGGCCUAUCAGAGGUUCUGGAUAGAGGCAGAGGAGUACUUUUUUGAGGAGAAGCUAGUGCAGGACCUGGCCAAAACCCCGAUAAAGGUGGCGGAUGAGGAAGAGGAGGAGGAAGCAGAGGUCAAGCCUGACCCUCUGCACCAGCUCAUCCUCCACUUCAGUCACAAUGCUCUCACGGAGAGGAGUCAGCUGGAUGAAGAUCCGUUGUAUAUAGCAUAUGCAGACAUGAUGGCAAAGAGCUGUGCAGAAGAUGAGGAGGAGGAGGAAGACGAGGAAGGAGCCAAGAGCUUUGAGGAAAAAGAGAUGGAGAAGCAGAAGAUAUUGUACCAGCAGGCCCGGCUCCAUGCCCGUGGGGCAGCUGAGAUGGUGCUGCAGAUGAUCAGUGCCAGUAAAGGCCGCCUUGGGCCAAUGGUGACCGGAACACUCAAACUGGGCAUCUCAAUUCUGAGUGGUGGUAAUGUGAUUGUCCAGCAGAAAAUGCUGGACUACCUGAAACUGAAAAGAGAUGCUGGCUUUUUCAAAAGUUUAACUGGACUCAUGCAAGCUUGCAGUGUCCUGGAUCUGAAUGCAUUUGAGAGACAGAACAAAGCAGAAAGCCUAGGAAUGAUGUCUGAAGAAGGAUCAAUCAACUCGAGUGAGAAGGCUUCUAAAGUGCUGCAGAAUGACGACUUCACCAAGGAUCUGUUUAGGUUUCUGCAGCUUCUCUGUGAGGGCCACAACGCCGAUUUCCAGAAUUUCCUCCGUACCCAGACUGGUAACACCACCACAGUCAACAUCAUCAUCAGCACUGUGGACUACCUGCUCCGUCUGCAGGAGUCCAUCAGCGAUUUCUACUGGUACUACUCUGGAAAAGAUGUUAUGGAUGAAGCUGGCCAGUACAACUUCUCCAAAGCCCUUGCUGUAGCGAAGCAGGUGUUCAACUCACUUACUGAGUACAUUCAGGGCCCCUGCAUCGGCAACCAGCAGAGCUUGGCGCACAGCAGGCUGUGGGAUGCCGUGGUGGGAUUCCUGCAUGUGUUUGCCAACAUGCAGAUGAAGCUUUCACAGGACUCGAGUCAAAUUGAGCUGUUGAAGGAAUUGAUGGAUCUACAGAAAGAUAUGGUGGUUAUGAUGCUGUCUCUCCUUGAGGGUAACAUAGUGAAUGGAACUAUUGGAAAACAGAUGGUAGAUACACUGGUGGAAUCUUCUAGCAACGUAGAGAUGAUACUCAAGUUCUUUGACAUGUUCCUCAAACUAAAAGACCUUACGACCUCCGACAACUUCAAGGAGUACGAUCCUGACAGCAAAGGGAUCAUAUCCAAGAAGGAGUUUCAGAAGGCUAUGGAGAACCAAAAGCAAUACAUGCAAUCAGAGAUCGACUUCCUCCUCUGUUGUGCAGAGGCCGACGAGAACGACAUGUUUAACUACGAGGAGUUCGUUGACCGCUUUCACGAGCCCGCCAAAGACAUCGGUUUUAACGUCGUCGUCCUGCUCACGAACCUGUCCGAGCACAUGCCUCAUGACAACCGCCUGGCCACCUUCCUCGACCUCGCUGACAGCGUCGUGAAUUACUUCGAGCCAUACCUCGGUCGCAUCGAGAUCAUGGGUAGUGCCAAGAGGAUCGAGAGGGUCUACUUUGAGAUCAGCGAGUCGAGUCGCACACAGUGGGAAAAGCCGCAGGUCAAGGAGUCCAAGCGACAGUUCAUCUUCGACGUGGUCAACGAGGGCGGCGAGAGCGAGAAGAUGGAGAUGUUUGUCAACUUCUGCGAGGACACCAUCUUUGAGAUGCAGCUGGCCUCACAGAUCUCCGAGCCGGAAGUUGUCGAGCGGCACGAGGAAGAGGAGGAAGAGGAGGACGAGCCGGAAGAGGAAGAGGAGGGCGUGGAGUCCCAGUCGGCCUUCUCGGCGGCUUGCGGCUCUGUUAAGCGGAAGAUCUCCAACUUCCGUCAGAUGUUGACCCUACGCAGCAUGGGCAAGCAGUUCAAGGCGAUGAGGAAGCUCACCAUCCGCGAGAUGAUCGCCGGUUUCUUCGGCUUCUUCUGGAUGCUCUUCACCGGCUUCUUCAAGGGAAUCUACAACGUCAUCUUUGGCUUCUUCCACAUCAUCUGGACGUCCAUCUUUGGCGGGGGCCUGGUCGAGGGCGCCAAAAACAUCAAGGUGACCGACAUCCUGGGCAACAUGCCCGACCCGACUCAGUUUGGAAUCCACGGCGACGUUCUAGAGGCGGAGAAGGCGGACAUCGGCGAAAUGGUGGCGGCGGCGGACAUGGCGCAGAUGGCGAGCGGCGAGCCGGUGGAGGUGGACGUGAUGAUGGAGCUGAUGGGCGGGGCGGCCAAACGGGACGCCAAGCACGAACUGGGUCUGGGCGACGUCUGCGAGAUCAAGCCUGCCGAGUCCGCCGCGCCAGAGAAGAAGAAGAGCAAGAAAGCUGAAGUGAAGGAAUCCGAGCCAGAGAAAGCAGACACAGAGAAUCAGGAGAAAGAGGAGAAGGCCAAAGAGGAGGUGCCUGCGGAGCCGGCGGCGAAGGACAAACCCGCCCGUAAGCCCAGACGUGGUGCCGAUCAGGAGGAGAGCCCUGCCUUCAUGGCCAGCUUCGUCGCAGGCCUGGAGGUCUACAAGACCAAGAUGCUGAACUAUCUGGCUCGCAACUUCUACAACCUUCGUAUGCUGGCUCUGUUUGUGGCCUUUGCCAUCAACUUCAUCCUCCUGUUCUACAAGGUGACUGCUGAUGAGGUGGAUGAGGACGAGGACUCCUGGGAAAACGGUGACGAUGAAGAGGACGAUGAGGGGCUGGAGUACUUUGUGCUUCAGGAGAGUACCGGCUACAUGGCACCCACGUUGACCUUCCUAGCGCUCUCACACACUCUCAUCUCCUUGCUGUGUGUCUUGGGAUAUUACUAUCUGAAGGUCCCUCUGGUGGUGUUCAAGAGGGAGAAGGAGAUUGCGAGGAGUCUGGAGUUUGAAGGCAUCUAUAUCACCGAGCAGCCAUCUGACGAUGACAUCAAAGGACAGUGGGAUCGAUUGGUUAUCAACACACCAUCUUUUCCGAGCAAUUACUGGGACAAAUUUAUCAAGAGAAAGGUCAUCAAUAAAUAUGGUGAUUUGUACGGAGCUGAGCGCAUUGCUGAACUCCUUGGCUUGGACAAGAGUGCUCUGGACUUUGACCCCACGAUAGAGACAGUGGCACCUGAGGCCUCCCUAGUUUCUUGGUUGAGUUCCAUUGACACCAAGUAUCAUACUUGGAAAAUGGGCGUGGUUCUGACUGACAAUUCCUUCCUGUAUCUGGUGUGGUACACCACCAUGUCCUCCCUGGGUCACUACAACAACUUCUUCUUCGCCGCCCACUUGCUGGACAUCGCCAUGUGCUUCAAGCCUCUGAGGACCAUCCUGUCAUCCGUAACACACAAUGGCAAACAGCUGGUGCUGACCGUUGGGCUGUUGGCCGUGGUGGUGUACCUCUACACAGUCGUGGCCUUCAACUUCUUCCGCAAGUUCUACAACAAGAGUGAAGAUGAGGAUGAGCCUGACAUGAAGUGUGACGAUAUGAUGACUUGCUACUUGUUCCACAUGUACGUGGGUGUCAGGGCUGGCGGCGGCAUCGGUGAUGAGAUUGAAGACCCAGCCGGGGAUCCAUCUGAACUUUACCGUAUCCUCUUCGACAUCACCUUCUUCUUCUUCGUCAUCGUCAUCCUGCUGGCCAUUAUUCAGGGUUUGAUUAUUGACGCUUUUGGAGAGCUGAGAGGCCAGCAGGACCAAGUGAAGGAGGAUAUGGAGACUAAAUGUUUCAUCUGUGGAAUUGGUAAUGACUACUUCGACACUACACCCCAUGGCUUCGAGACCCACACCUUACAAGAGCACAACCUUGCCAACUACCUGUUCUUCCUGAUGUAUCUGAUUAACAAGGAUGAAACUGAGCACACGGGUCAGGAAUCAUUUGUGUGGAAGAUGUACCAAGAGAGAUGCUGGGACUUCUUCCCAGCCGGAGACUGUUUCCGCAAGCAAUAUGAGGACCAGCUAGGCUAAAAAAGGACUGAGUCGAGUCCCUAGCCACAAUCUGACUGAGACUGCAAACUCUGAAUCCCAAACAAACAAGAACCUCAAAACUAGAUUUUACCUCCAUGCUGUUGAGUCCAAGAAAGUAAUCACUCAAGAAAACAAAACAAAACAAAAAACACCACCAUUGCUUUUCACCUUCACUGACUCAA